CGGGGAAAACUCGUCUCGGUUAGUCUGCUGAUUAGCAACAAACAGAAGGUUACGAGUUUAGAAAAAUAGAGAAUUUCACCGACAUACUGGCUUUGCGGCACCGAGAGAGCUACUAACUAAGUCGGGUGUCUAACCGGAGCUUGUUGGGUCGCUUUUGAGGAGAUUGAAUCUUGUGAUUUUGAACAUUUCUGACUGAUAGCGGAGACAACCUCGCUUUUAGGUCGUUGGUUCAAGUGGCGAUGCUGAGCUGAUAGCUGCGUCAUCAUGUUGCUUCCGACUCGAGUUGGCGAAAAGAAAUCUCAAGUUAACGCCGGAGGUGAGGCUGCCCGCCGCCAUCCAUCCCCGGAGGGCCACUCCCGACCCCUGAGACAGAUGGAGACGGGCUGCUGGUGAGCGUUUCGCGGGGAUCGCCUGUUCAUGGGGUCGCUGUGAAACUGGUGACUUUACAUCACUUGUCUCGGAGCUGUUGGCGCGAUACUCUCCUGGCUGCAUUUAUUAUCUACACUCGGAUGGACAGUCUAACAUGUAUAUUGUUGUGGCGUAGAUUUGACCAAAUGCUUCCCCAAAAGAAAGUAUUUUGAUAUUUUAGGGAUGUUAGCCACAACUGUUUGGAUAGUGAGAAGUGAUGACAGCUAGUGAAAUGCCCAUCUUCUUCUUUGGAAAAACAAGCUUUUGUAUAAGCCAUAAUGAGAGACGUUGCGGUUCAUUUAAGCUAAUAGGCUAGUUUGUAUCCGUCCACUAGGGUUUGUCAGACUAUUAGCAGGGUGGCAAACACUAUUUCUUCUGUAUUUAUUGUUAAAAACGGUGCUCUGUUGUCUGCUGUCACCGUAUCCACGUGGACUUUGUUUCAGGUCGGUGGGUAAAGUUAGGCGUUCAGUCCCCCGCUGGGACUGAUUACUUCAGAGGGAGCAGCUGUGGUGCUUCUCAGCCAAAGGCACAAAGUUACAUUUUUACAACAGAAUAUUAAAACAAUUGAUAAAAUGGCCGGCGACUGCACCCACAUGAAGGCUCACUACACGAAGGCAGAGACGUUUUGUCCGUCCAAACCCUGGUCAGAUGAAGACGGAGACAGAGGGAUGAAAGGGCGUGGACUUCCCGCACGGUGGUCGCCCAACUUUGAGACGAUAGACGGGCUGUUGUACCGCAAGAAGCUGGAGAAGGGCUUCUUCAACUACCGUGAGGUCUUGGAGGAGGACCGGAGACAGGAGGCCCUCUCCACCUUUCACCGGCGGCGCCUCGGACAGCCCCACCUGUCCCUGGAGGAGACUUACAAAUGUGUGGCUGAAAACUACUGGUGGGAAGGGAUGUACUUCCAGAUCAGAGAUUUUGUCCUGGGCUGUCUAGAGUGUCAGAGCCAGCACACCAAGAAACCUAAGGGGCUGGGUGGCAGAGGAUGUGUCACCAAGACGAUGGUGUCACACAGCGCUGACAUGCUGAGCAAGCUGAGGAAUCAGCGGGAGGCCGGGCUUUUCUGUGACAUUACACUGCGGACCAACGGACAAUCCUACUCUGCCCAUAGAGCUGUCCUGGCGGCCGUCAGCGAUCACUUCCAGGAAAUCUUCACAGAAAUGGACUCCAGCAUGAAAUCAGACGUAGAUCUCACCGGCUUCAGUGAGGACAGCCUUCUGUCUCUGCUGGAUUUCUCCUACUCCUCCACUCUGUCUGUCCGCCCGGAGGACCUUCCUGAAGUUAUCGCCAUGGCCCGCCACCUGGGCAUGUGGCCUGCUGUGGAAGCCUGCUCGGCCCUCAUGAGAGAGCAAGACCAAAAACUCCAUCCCGGCAAGGACUUUACCUCAGCCUGUGCCGGCGCCUGUCAUGAGCAUCACCGCCAGCAGAGGGUAGGCAAAAGGAAAAGGGUUUCGGAUUUCGAGGACAGUAUGAACGACUGCUUCAGUCUGAGGCUGGAUUCAUCAAAUGAGUCAUUAGAAGAAAGUCCAAGGCACAAUUUGCGCAGGACACCAAAAGCCCAAUGCCAUAAUGGUCUCCCUCUGAGCCCCUCACACAGGAUGAAGCUCAUGGACUUCAAAUCUCCCUCUUCCAAGAAAGCUGCCACCCCUCGACACACUACAUCCACCCCACAGUCGCAGAAUUACUCGCGCAUAUCACCAUCAAACACCCGUCUUCUCCGCUCCACUCCUGGGGCUGCCAAAAAGGUUCAGAGAUUGCUACCCAUGCCAGAGAGCCCUCGAAAAAACAAAAAAUCUCCCUCUCCCAAACAGCAUUCCCGCACCUCAAUGUCAAGGGCUUCAAAGGUCACUGUGUGCAGCCCUGUGAGGAUAAAGCAGGAAGUGGAGGAGGUUGGAGAGGAUGAACAGGAUUACGCAAGAGCACAGGAGAAGUACCAUCUGAUGAAUGUUCUUGGGUUACAGAGGACCGCCCUCCUCCCAAGACCAGAAGAUCUGAUUGGCUGGAGACAGAAGAAACGAUUAAGAAAGCUGAAGGCUAACAACUAUUCGCUGACAAAGCGUAGGAAACCACGCCCUGCCUCCCCAGGACGGCCAUUUGGGGCUGUGACGCUGUCGCUGCCCCUCUGUAACCCUGUUAACACUCAUCUUCUUAGCAAGUCAGCAAAGACCAAGCCUUUGGGUCCCAUCAUCACCGGGCUGAUGACACCAAAGAGGCCAAAGACCGUCCCUCCGAGUGACAGGAGCAUGAGAAGUAAAGGUACAAUACCAGACAUGUUCCGCCCUGCAUCAAGGCCUCCCUUCAUGGGGAGGGAACUCAGGCGGUCGGUGAGGAGGGGUGACACUGCCCAGCAGCCUCGGAGAGGCUACGCCAUCAAAACUAAAGUGAAAAACACGGUCAGGAUUAAAUCAGAACCAACUGAAUACUCUCUCUCAGGUUUCCCUCUUUUAUCAAACAACCCCCAUGACCACACACCCCACAAGUUUCCACCCUCACACAGGACACAGGCCCAAAAUAAAGUCACUGUAGAGAGUGUCAGAACGCUGCGUUACAACAGCAGCCGACCUGCAACAAAGGCUAAGCUUAAGCAGGCCUCCACAAGGGAGGUGGGUAAGACAAAGUGUAAGCCCAGAGAGGAGGAGGGGAGGAAGGUCAUGGACACUAAACCGAGAGUGAAUGUCAAUGAACCUGAGGGGCUCACGUUUUCAGACCAGCCUCCUCCCGCAUCCAUCUACAACCACCCUCUGUACAAAGUCAUCAAAGAGGAGCCAGCAGACCCCGUGCCCGUCGGAGGAGCCUUCCCCGAUCCCCCCUCACCGGACCUGGGCAAGCGCCAGAGCAAGCCUCCCAUCAAGCUACUGGACUCAGGCUUUUUGUUCAGCUUCUGUCGGCCAGCAGGGGGCCCGAUGGCAAUACUGAAGAAAGAGGAGGAGAGCGUGGAUAUCUGCUUAACACGCUCCGUGUCACAAGUUGGGGAAGGAUUUGGAGCGGUGGAAUCCCCCCACAGGUCGCUGAGAGCCAGACCCCCCGCCCCGCCUGUGGUAAAGAAGGAGAGGGUGGAGAGGAGCGUGAGCCAAGGCAAGGCUCAGAGACCCCGGCCGAACGCCCGCAGCAUCAAUCCUCAACUGGCUAAAUGUGCCGGGUUGAAGGCCACACGGACCAAGUCAAAGCAGCAGGUGAGACGCCCUCGGAGCAGCAGGAGUUGUGUCAGGAUGGACGCAGUGUGUCGGGCCAGGCUAAAGCAGCUUAGAGGGCCACGUAGUCAGGUCCCCAAAGCCCUCAAGGCGCCCCACGCCUGUCCGGAGUGCUCAACCUCCUACAAGAGCUGUGACGCUCUGAUCAUGCAUCGCCUCAGACACAUCGAGGGCAAGCACUGGCCAUGUCUGCUCUGCAGUAAGACGUUCUUUCUACUGAGGAAUGUACGGAGCCACAUCCGCACACAUGACCCCAAGUUGUACAAAUGCCGGAGCUGCAUCGCUGCCGGAAACUGAAGCAGCCGAGGCUCAGCGAGACUGAGGACGAAGGCUGUCCGUGACACAGCGAGCGGGCUGAAGCCAGAGGCACAUGAUCGAUCAGCAGCUUGUACAUAAUGAAUUCGUCACACACGAGCCCGCGGUCUGUGGGAAGGCGUAUUUUCUCUGAUUCUAAUCAUUGCCGGCGCCAAUGACCGCCAAUGUUAUUUAAAUAACCAAAUGUAGGUUGCUGGUCUUGUUUCUGUAGCUACAGAAGGUUAAACUUGAACAUUACACUCAGGGGGCGGGGAAUUUGAUGCCACGGUAUAAAGUGAUUUAUUGUCAUGGUUGUGUAUAAAAUGUAAAGUAAUUGUUAUAACUUUUACUGCUACUUAUUGUUAUUUUUCUAUGUAUAGAGGAUUUCUUGAGUGCACUUAUAUAAUAGCUUAUGUUGUGAACCUAAGAAGUGGUGGUGAAAUUGAAGAUUUUGAGUCUAUGGCGGGAAUACUUGAAGUGAUGCAAGCGGGGGUCUUAGGAGUGAGACUGUCCUUUAGGUGUUUCAGUGGCUCUGUGUCCUGUUGGCAUGGUAACUUCUAAACGGCUUGACCAGUCCCUCUUUUCCUAUCAAUCAUGUAAUCUCUACUGGUCCCGAGUCGUGGAUUUGACUCCGGUUGCUAUGGGGACACCACUGCAUGUGUAUUUGCAUUUUGCAGGCCCAUUUGUGGUCCACUGUCUUUUCUAAGGCUGCCAAUUUUAAAAAGGGAAAAUGUUUCUUGUUUUUAAAAUGUGAAUUUCUGAAUAGUAAUCAACACAGCUGUGUCAUUACAGAUGUUUUAUUGAUCUCCUCUCACUUUAAUCCAAGAAAAAGACACACGUCGUCUUGUUCUACUUUAAAUUCCCCUCCUACUGAUUACAUGCAACCCGUUCACAUAUCCUUAUCUGUUAAAAGACCGAAUAAACAUUUGCCUUUUA